AUGGAUGAUGAAGGAUUUAAUGAAACAACAAAUGCCGACUAUAUCUCAUCAUAUACCACACCUAGAUACAUUGCAUCAUCAGAUAUAGAUUCUACAUCUGCAGAUAAAGACACAGUCAGGACUAUAAGUAAAGCGACCACAUCUGAAUAUUCUAAAGAUAAAUUAACACAAUCUUCAUUGACGCAAAUUUCUACGACAACCGGAUAUGAGGGCGCAUUAAGAACAAACGCAAAUGGAGACAACGACCAAACGGCAAGUACUAAAGGUGACACAUUAGAUUCCGGAAAUACCACAACAUCAACCACACGUAGUACUAUAUUAAAUGACGAAACGACCAGUACAAAUGGCUACACAUCUGCAACAUUCAAAGUCAUAACAUCAACCGCAUAUACAACCAGAUCGAAAAAUGAAACGACAGGAACUAACGAUUACAUACCUGCAUCUAAGUUUACCACUCUACCAACCACUUAUCAUUCUCGAUUCAGUGGAGUAACGACAAGUACCAAUGAUAAUCCAGAUGCAUCUGAAAGUACCGCAUCAACAACUACAUACACAUCCAAAUCGAAUUAUGCUUCGACAGGUACAAACGAUUACGUGUCUGUAUCUGGGUUUACCACCUUACCAACCACUUAUCAUUCUCAAUUCAGUGGCGAAACGACAAAAGCCAAUGAUUAUACUUUUGGACCUGAAAGUACCGUAACACCAACUACAUACACAUCCAAAUCGAAUUAUGAAUCGACAAGUACAAACAAUUACGUAUCUAAAUCCGAGUUUAUCACUACACAAACCACUUAUCACUCUCGAUUCAGUGGCGAAACGACAAGAACCAAUAAUUAUACUUCUGCACCUGAAAGAACCGUAACACUAACUACACAUACAUCCAGAUCGAAUUAUGCUUCGACAGGUACUGAAUCUGGGUUUACCACUAAACCAACCACUUAUGAUUCUCAAUUCAGUGGCGAAACGACAAAAAACAAUGAUUAUACUUAUGGACCUAAAAGUACCGUAACACCGACUACACAUACGUCCAGAUCGAAUUAUGCAUCGACAGGUACAAACUAUUACGUAUCUGAAUCUGAGUUUACCACUAAACCAACCACUUAUCAUUCUCGAUUCAGUGGCGAAACGACAAAAACCAAUGAUUAUACUUACGGACCUGAAAGUACUGUAACACCAACUACACUUACAUCGAGAUCGAAUUAUGCAUCGACAGGUACAAACUAUUACGUAUCUGAAUCAGAGUUUACCACUAAACCAACCACUUAUCACUCUCGAUUCAGUGGCGAAACGACAAAAACCAAUGAUUAUACUUAUGCACCUGAAAGUACGGUAACACCAACUACACAUACAUCCAGAUCGAAUUAUGCAUCGACAGGUACAAACGAUUACGUAUCUGAAUCAGAGUUUACCACUAAACCAACCACUUAUCAUUCUCGAUUCAGUGGCGAAACGACAAAAACCAAUGAUUAUACUUACGGACCUGAAAGUACCGUAACACCAACUACACAUACAUCCAGAUCGAAUUAUGCAUCGACAGGUACAAACGAUUACGUAACUGAAUCUGAGUUUACCACUAAACCAACCACAUUUCCUUCUCGAUUCAGUGGCGAAACGACAAAAACCAAUGAUUAUACUUACGGGCCUGAAAGUAUUGUAACACCAACUACACAUACAUCAAGAUCGAAUUAUGCAUCGACAAGUACCAACGAUUACGUAUCUGGAUCUGCGUUUACCACUAAACCAACCACUUAUCAUUCUCGAUUCAGUGGCGAAACGACAAAAACCAAUGAUUAUACUUAUGGACCUGAAAGUACCGUAACACCAACUAUAUACACAUCUAGAUCGAAUUAUGAAGCGCCAGGUACUAAUGGUUACAAACCUUCAUCUGAGCAUACCACUUUACCAACUUACCCUGGAGAAAUGACAAGUACCAAUGAUUAUACAUAUGCACCUGAAAAUACCGCAACACCAGCUACACAUACAUCCAGAUCGAAUUAUGAAACGGCAGGUACAACCGAUAACAUAUUUACACCAGGGUAUACCACUACACCAAGCACUAAGCUUUCUACAUUCAGUAGUGAAAUGACAAAUACAUAUGAUUAUACAUAUGCACCGGAAAGUACCACCACACCAACUACAUACACAUAUAGAUCGGAUUAUGAAAUGACAGGUACUAACAAUAACGUAUCUGCGUCUGAGUUUACCACUACACCAACCACUUAUACUUCCAGAUCUAAUAGUGAAACGACAAGUAUCAAUAAUUACUCAUAUCGACUUUCCAGCAAAUCACCGUUAUUUUCAACCGGAUUAAACUAUGAAACUAAAGGAACAAAAGAUUACAUACCGGACUCUUAUACUUCCGCAACAACCACAUUCGGUUCCAUAUCAGAUGAUAUAACGACAAAUUUCAAUGCUCUAUCAAAUGAUGAAAGGACCAGUUCUAAAGAUAACACACAUGUACCUAAAAGAACUGUAACAUCAACCACAUAUGCUACCAGAUCAAAUGAAGAAAUUGAAAGGACUAAAGAUUAUAUAUCUAUAUCAGACAAUACCACCACAUCAACCACAUCUGCUAUCGGAUCAAAUAAUAUUACCUCAAGUACUAGCGAAAUUGUGAAUGCAUCUGAAAGUACUUCAACAUCAGCAGUAAAUAAUACCACAUCAAAUGCUGAAUUGGCAACUAUAAAUCCAUUAAUCACAAAUAUAACAAAAUCAGUUAAUGACAUGACAAGUAUAAAUUAUUACACAUAUACAUCUAUGAACACCACCACAACAAGGACCUAUGCUUCCGGAUCAAAUAACGAAGCUUCAAGUACUGCAGAUUACAAAUAUACAUCUGAAAGUUCCUCCAAACAAACAGCAGAUGCUACCAAACCAGAUGAUGAAACGACAAAUUCCAACGCAUUAAUCACAAAUACAAUACAAUCAAAUGAUGAAACGUCAAGAACUAAAGAUUACACAUACGCAUCUGGAAGUAAUGAUUAUAAAUAUUCACCAGAAACUAACGUCACACAAACUACAAUUGAUCCCACAUUGGAAAAUGAAACAUUUAGUACUAAAGAUAAUAAAUAUGCAUCUGAAACUUCCGCCACAUCAACAGCAUAUGCUUCGAGUUCAAAUGAUCAAACUUCAACUUUCUACACAUUAGAUACAACAAAAUCACAAGAUGAACCAUCAACAACUGAAAAUUACAUACGUACAUCUGAAAGAUCCAUUGCACAAACAACAUAUGCUACCAGAUCCGAUUAUGAAACGGCAAAUUUUAACGCAUCAAGUACAGGUGCCAAAGGAUUAACGAGUACUAGGACUUAUACAUCUUUAUCUGCAAAAACCAUCACGUCAAACAACUAUUCAAUCAAACCAAAGAAUGAAACGUCAAGUACUAAAGAUUACACAAAAUAUGAAUCUGAAAGUACCGCCGCAUCAACCAAAUAUGUUGCCGGAUUAGAUAAUAUAACCGCAGGUACUAAAGAUUACACGUAUUAUACAACGGCUUCCAUAUAUGCCACUAGACCGACUGAUAAAAUGGCCAGUGCGUCAAAAGCGUAUCCAUCUGCAUCUGAGAUAUCUUCCUCAUCAACCAAAUUUGCAAUCACAUCAAAUGACAGAACGACAGAGACGGAAGUACAUACUUCCUCGUCUAAGUAUAAGACCACAUCAAAGGCACAUGCUACUGAAUCAGAUGACGAAGUAAUAGCUAUAAAAGAUAACACAUCCGUAUCUGCGUAUAUGACUGCAUCGACAAUAUUUGUCACCAGCAGUCCGAAUCGUGAAACAUCAGCACCAACAGUUAUUGUAGAGGAUACAGGCGAGCAUCAUUCCCAUUGCACAAGAGACAUUGACAGCAGACGUACACAGUGGAAUGUCACAAAAGUUGGAAGCGUAGUUUCAAUUCCGUGUUUCCAAAGGAAUCCAGAAUUAUCUGGGAACAUAUUCCGAAAGUGCACUUCUGCAGGAACAUGGAUGAUGCCUAAGUAUGACUGCGUGCGUAAGGAUAUAAAAGAUAUACAAAACAUGGUCAGUUCAAUCAAAGACAGCAUAUCAAACACAGUAAUAGACAAUGUUCUUGGAAAUCUGUCUACCUUAACAUCACAAAGAACACAGAAUGAGGAUGGAGUCUAUAGUGGGGAGAUUGAAGUCAUCGCUGCAACUCUUGAAGAUAUCGCAAAUUUAGAAAAUUUAACGGUCACAGACGAUCAAGCUAUGGCAUUUCUGAAGACUGCAAGUAACCUUCUAGAUUCAGAUAAUACAGAAGCAUGGCAAGCGAUCGAUCAAAAUUCUUCACAAAAUAAGGAUGUCUCCGCAGCAGCAAAGCUUCUCGAUACAAUCAGUGUGUUCGUAGAUGUUAUUGCACAAUCAUUGGAUGAGUCUCAGACGAAUAAAACAAUAGCUGUAUCAAAUUUAUUGUUGCACGUUCGAAAAAUCAAUGAUUCUGCUGAAAUUGUUUUCCCUGAAGGAGGCGAAUAUAAAGAAUUUGCAAGAGGAUCAACUUUAAACUUAUCUCGGGAUUCACUGACAGGUUCGACGUUAUUUUCUGCGGUGCUUUAUAGAAAUCUCUCUGGUAUUAUGUCUACCAUGACAACGUUUAGCAGUAACGCUGUUCUUGGUUCUGCAGUGACGUCAGCAAAAUUGAACAACUGGAAAAGUAACAAUAACUUUAAAAUCAGAAUUGCAUUUGAGCAUAAGCAGGUAAACAAUUUGUCGGCAGUUUGCAGUUUUCGCAAAGAAAAAAGUUCAUUAUGGGAGAAAGAUGGUUGUUUUCUGAAGUCAUGGAACAUCACAACGGCAUUAUGUGAAUGCAAUCACCUUACAAACUUUGCUAUUUUAAUGAGUCCAUGGACAAAGGAAAAUAUAGACUCGACAGCAAUAAAUGUUGUAUCUAUAGUCGGAUGCUCGGUGUCGACGCUAUGCUUGUUGCUCACAAUGAUCACACAUCUCAUGCUCUGGAGGUAUCUGAAGUCAGAUCGAGUGAAAAUACUUAUGAAUCUGUGCUUUGCUUUGGUGAUUUCAUAUGUCAUUUUUCUUAGUGGCGUUGACAGAACGGAAAGCGAAAAUGGCUGUACAGCAGUAGCGGCAUUACUACACUACAUUUACUUAGUCGUAUUUUUCUUGAUGUUGGCAGAAGGUAUAGAGAUUUUCUUUGCGCUGAUUUACGUGUUUGCAUCAAAGUCAAGGCUAAAGUGGAUUCUGCCAGCAGCUUGGCUACUUCCAGCAGUGAUUGUAGGUAUUUCCCUUGCAGCAACAAAGAGAAAGGGAUAUGGAAACAAUCAAUUUUGUUGGCUUUCAUUUGAUAAUGGUCUAAUUUGGGCUUUUGUGGGUCCUGCGUUGUGCAUAAUUCUGAUUAAUUCUGUUCUGCUUGGUUUCGUAAUGAGAGCAGUAUUCCGUUCAAAGAAGGUACUUCAUAAGGACAAGAAGGAGAAAGUCUUAACUGGAUUUCGAUGUCUUUGUGUUUUACUUCCUCUAGUUGGAUGCACAUGGGUCAUUGGGAUAUUCUAUGUUAAUAAGUCUAUGUCAUGGAUACAGUACAUCUUCGCGGUCUGUAAUGGAUUCCAGGGACUGGUUAUAUUCAUAUUUCAAUGUGCAUUGAACAAACAGAUACCAAAGGCUUACAAAGCUGCUACUACUAGAAGGAAGUCCGAAACAUUGUCUCUUUCUGUAGCAACACCAACACCAACAUCAAAACUGCGUAUUAUCCCGAAGUCGAUAGCCCGUUAUUUGUCAUCGGCACAGUAUUCAGUCGGUUGGAGCAAUAAAACAAAAGUUUCAGAGCAAGGUAUAUAUAGCAGUGCACAUCUUCAAGAUGAUGAUAUAGACAACAACUGCCUUUUCAAUUCAACACGACUCCAAUUCAGUGAAUACUUCUCCGAAGAGGGAUUGUGUACGCAUCUGUGAAAUGUAAAGUGAUUCAUUUAUGAACACCGACAAAUAGAAAACAAAUAUAAAUCGGCAGUAUAAAUCUGUUUAUACUGAACUACAUAACUUCCGAAUAUGGAAAAUUAAGGGAGGGGGCUAAUCAUAGUCAUUUCAAUAUCAAUUGGUGUUUUAGAAUUGCCUCCCUUUUUCUUUAUUGAUAUACAUAGAACACUUUGCAUGGCUGACUUUGAGCAGAGUCAGAGGGGUAUACCAUUAUGAUAGAUACU